UAUAUAAUGGGUCAGUGAGAUUGGAGCAUCACAGUUCAAGUCGUGCCUUCCACUGGUCGUUCACUCCCAUCCAAAAAUGAAGCUGUUCAUCCUUGCCGCCCUCAUCGCCGUCAGCUCCGCUGCUCGAUUGGAGCAUCUCGAGCAGCAGCGAGGACUUAAAGAGUAUCUUCCUCCAGUUCAGUCUGGGCAGUUUGGUCAGCAGGGAUUUGGUCAGGGCAGUUUUGGCGGCCAUGGAUCUAACGACUUUGCUUCUCAGGGAUCAAACAGUCUUGACGCUGGGGAUUCUGCUGGAUUCGGAUCUGCUCCUCAAGGCUUGAGGGCUGGCGCUGCUGGUGCCCGUGGUUUCUCCUCGUUUGAUGCUGCCCGCUCCAACCAGUACCUGCCUCCUGACCACGGUCCUUCUGGCAGCCACGGUGCUCACGGCCAAGAUGCUUUCGGAGCCUCCAGCAACCAGUUCGGUUCCCAGCCGCAGUUCGGCCAGAACAACAAGUUUGGCGCCCAGGGCUCCAGCAGCUUCGGGUCUCAAGGCUCUCAAGGCUUUGGCUCUCAUGGAUCUCAUGGAUCCCAAGGUUCCCAAGGAUUUGGUGCCCAUGGAUCUCAUGGAUCCCAAGGUUCCCACGGAUUUGGUGCCCAUGGAUCUCAAGGCUCCAGUGGCUUCGGCGCUCAAGGCUCCAGCUUCGGCUCCCAAGGCUUUGGAUCACAAGGCCCACACGGCUUCGGAUCUCAAAGCUCCGGCUUUGGAUCCCAGGGUGCUCGUGGCCAACAGAACCUUCGCCAAUACCUCGCGCCUAAGACCUCGCACGACACCAUCCCUCAGCAACCAUUCGACCCGGAAUCCGGCUACAUCUACUAAAUUCUGUGUGACUUUAGUCAUUGUCUAAGUGAGGAUUCUUGUAAUUAAUUCACUGUAUUAGUCAAACAUUGUGUUCUAAUAAUGCUCAUUGUAAAAAUAUUCAAAAAUAAU